CACAGAGAAACAUAGAUCGAGUGAGGAACGUUGCGCUUUUUUCUUAGCUCUACAACGACUCACUGAGAACUCGGCAGUCUAAGGCUGCUGAUGUUGUUGGGGUUUUGUCUGGGAGAUGGGUGCGAUCGUAAGGAUCCUUUAGCUGUAGCGCUUGCCCUCUCUCACCUCCUCCUCCCUCUCCCUCACUGUCUCUCCCUACCGUCUUCCCAAAGCUGGCAUCGACAGGUUGGGUUCUUCUUUCGUAUAUUAGGUGCAGGCCCACCCGAAGCUUUCUCUAUCUGCUUCCCUCCAACGAAAACCCAAACCCUCUUCUUCCGCCGGUUGUGCUUCUCCUCUUGAAACAGUCUCAGGUCGAAGAUAUCUACUUUGUCCUCGGCCGUGCUGUUGAUCACCUUGCAAGAUCCGAGCUGAAGUAGCAGUGAUAAGUCCCUGUGCUCCUUGUGUUCCUUUUAGAUGUUUUAAUCUCAGAGAGGAUUGUGUUGGUGGUGGUUUAAGAGCUGAGGUAAUGGGUGUUUGGAUACAUGGAGUUGGACGUUCAGAACUUUUGGAAGAAGCGGCAGGAGAAGCACAAGAAGCGGGCGGCAAAAGGAAUCUGAGGUCAACAAAAUCUACUACUAGCCGUAAGUCCGUAGGAUCGAAGGCUGGAACAGGAAUGUAAGACGAAGGAGAAGGAAUUAGUAUCUUCCGCAUUCAAUUAGAUUCAUCAUAUGCACCACCAGCUUGUGUUUUCCUCCUUCGUCUUCAGCUGCCACGGCUUCGUCGUCCGAGUACGUCCGCCUUCCUGAGAGGGAUGGGGAAGGGUCAUAGCCAUCACGGCCUCGGUUACAACCAGCUCAGUCUCCACCACCAUCAACAAAGGCCGCAGAACCGUUCGUUGAACGACUGGGUGCGGGGCGGCUCGGUCGGGGAGAUCGUAGAGGUGCAUGCCGGCCACAUCGUGCGGUCCACCGGCCGCAAGGACCGCCACAGCAAGGUGUGCACCGCCAAGGGCCUUCGGGACCGCCGCGUCCGCCUCUCCGCCCACACUGCAAUCCAGUUCUACGACGUCCAAGACCGCCUUGGCUACGACCGUCCCAGCAAGGCCGUCGACUGGCUCAUUAAGAACGCCAAGGCCGCCAUCGACAAGCUCGCCGAGCUCCCUCCCUGGACCCCCUCUGCUUCCAAGCUCACCGCCCCCCACACUGCAUCUUCCUCCUGCCGUCCUCCGCCGUCCGAUCAAUUCCCCUCCACCGAGCAGAACAUGACGGAGUUUAGCGAGGAGCCAUUUGCAGUUGGGGCUCCGCUUUUGGACUCCGAAACUCUUGCCGAUGUCAUCAAGUUCUUCUGCCCCAUGGUGGCUUCUGCUACUACGGCUCCAUUUGCUACCCCUUCCAUCAGAUUAGACAGCUACUUGUCAGACCUUCCAUCACGAACCAGUAGCCAAGCUCAAGACCUCCGCCUCUCCCUCCAAUCCUUCCAAGACCCAGUCUUUCACACUCUGGAAUCCGGCCACCAGCACCACCACCACGCCCAAUGCCUCCGGAGCCCAAAUGCUGCCACGUCCGAUGCUCAUUUCUUGAGCUCCGCCAAUUUGGCAUUCAACGCAGCCUCCGUCUCAACCGGUUUGGCCGAACAGAACCAGCGGAUUGUCCCAUGGAAUGUGGUGGAAUCGAGUGGCGGAGGUGGAGAAGAAGCGUUCGGUUCGGCGGUGCCACUGCACUCGGUGCUCGGCCAAAGCCAGCUUUUCUUUCAGAGGGGGCCCCUUCAGUCCGGUAACUCGCCCGUGGUUCAUGCCCGGGAGGACACUGUCGACGCCGGAGCUGAUCACCGGGUGCAAACAAAGGUUCAUCCAUGCACGUCACCCAUAGGAUUCACGUCCGUUGCCAGUUUCUCAGGGUUCCACAUCCCUGCACGAAUCCAAGGGGAAGAGAAACACGACAGCAUCACCGACAAGCCUCCCUCUGCUUCCUCUGCUCCUCGCCAUUGAUGGAUUUGAAGAUGAGUGACUCUUCUGGUGAUCUUCAUUCAUCGCUUUACCAUUUCGUGUUCUUCUCGACCAUAGAUCGCACACCAACAGACUAGUACAACUUUUAUGUCCCGUUUCUGGUUGAAAUCUCAAGAAAGGAUCUCGUCAAGCACAUUCUCUAUGACUCCCUGACAGAUAAGAUGGAAGUGGAUGAUCAACGUUACCGAUUCUUAGAUGCGCAUAUGGCUUCGUAGAAGAAGCCCCCAGCUCGGUUCCUCAUUUCAUUCUUCACUAUCAUCAACAAGACAACAACCAGUUGAAGAUCGAAACCAACUUUGUAAGCUAUGAUUGCUUCCUAUAUUUUAUUUGUUGUUCAGAUAUACAUCUUCCAUGUAUCUAUCGAAGUAUGUGUAGGUUGGAUGUGCAACUAAAACUCCGCUGCGUGCCUGCAGAAUAAUCAUGGAAAAGGCAAACAGCCGUAGAAAUAUACCUUCAUAGCACACAGUUUAGCUACUUUCCAAAUUGUAUCAUCUCUCUCAUAAGAUAUAUAUACUUUAUGUUCUUUUCUAGGCG